GAUUGUCCAUAAAAGCAGCAACAGCAGAGACGUGGCCGUCGUUGCGGCUGUUGCGUUCAAGUGGCGCAGUGUCCCGUCUGGAGGCAGAGCGGGCGAAGUUUCACUCUCUGCAUUGCAGCCUGAGCGCUGCUGCUGGAAUUCAACACAACAAUGGCGACUCCCAGUCCUAACAGCAACUCCACUAGCUCUAGCAACAACAGCAACAUCGUAGGAUCAACGUCGCACCAACUCCACCAGCAAACACAGAGCAGCAGCAUGCAAGAAACCAACACCUGCUGGAGAUGUCAAAAUGAAACAGGUAAACGCAAAGCUCUGAAACUGAAUUUUGCCAACCCUCCAGUGAAACCGGCUUCCAGGCUCCCACUCAAUCCAACAGUUCCCUCUUUCCAGAACCCUCACAUAUGUGUCCCUCAGAGGAUUCGCUCCACUGUGGAUGAGAAGGAGCAGAAGCAGCUGCUGAUGGACCUUGAUGUAGUGAUGAGGAGUAGUGACUGUCCCUACAUUGUGCAGUUCUACGGCGCCCUCUUCAGGGAGGGGGACUGUUGGAUUUGUAUGGAACUUAUGUCUACCUCAUUAGACAAAUUCUACAAAUAUGUAUAUUGUGCAUUAGAUGACGUCAUUCCAGAGGAAAUAUUAGGCAAAAUAACAUUAGCAACCGUUAAAGCACUGAACCACUUAAAAGAAAACUUGAAAAUAAUUCACAGAGACAUCAAACCUUCCAACAUUCUUAUGGACCGAAAGGGGAAUAUCAAACUGUGCGAUUUUGGCAUCAGCGGCCAGCUGGUGGACUCCAUAGCCAAGACCAGAGAUGCAGGCUGCAGGCCUUACAUGGCACCUGAAAGGAUAGACCCCAGUGCUUCUAGACAAGGCUAUGAUGUCCGGUCUGAUGUAUGGAGUUUGGGAAUCACCCUGUAUGAGCUGGCAACAGGAAGAUUCCCCUACCCUAAGUGGAAUAGUGUUUUCGAUCAGCUGACGCAGGUGGUAAAAGGUGAGCCUCCCCAGCUCAGCAACUCAGAGGAGAGGCAGUUCUCCCCCAAGUUCACCAACUUUGUUAACCUAUGCCUUACAAAGGAUGAAUCAAAAAGGCCAAAGUACAAGGAGCUUCUGAAACACCCUUUCAUUCUGAUGUAUGAGGAGCGUUUUGUGGACGUUGCCAGCUAUGUGUGUCGCAUUCUGGAUCAGAUCCCUGCCUCUCCUAUCUCGCCCAUGUAUGUCGACUGACAGUUAGUCCAGGGAGGGUGGGGUGAGGGUUGGGGGAGGGGGGUCGUUAGCCAACAGUGGGUUGGACACCAAGUUUUGUGACGCGACGUUUGACAUCUUAGCCCUAAGAGUUAGGUGGGAUCACCAGUUUUUUUCUCGUGUUCCAAAGAACAAAGGAAGUCCAAAUUGCUCAGUGCAAUGAGACUAAUAUCCUUAAGCAAACCUUUCAACCUCCCAUCACCUCAUUUUAAAAUCCCAUAAUAUUGUCAUUCAUCUUCAGUCAGAAAAACUUGAAGCGAGAACAUUGUCUUAGUAAAAUGCAAUGUAUCUGUGUAUGUGAGGGGAAAAAAGGAAUAGUGUGUAUAUAUAGAUAUAGAUAUAUAUCUCAUAUGUACUUGAAUUUGUACACAAAUACAGAAUUUACCAAAUAAAGUGGUGAGCAGUGACGCUCUUGAUGUAUGAACAAAAAUAGCCACCCAGUGGAUUGUACAUUGUGGACUGUAUGUUUGCAUAUGUGUGUUCACCUCUGAACUGUUGACAUGUACAAAUGUAUGCAGAUAGGUCUGCUGUCUCAACAGUCUUUUCAUGCAUUUGGUUGAGAGCACCUUUACUCACAGCAAAUGGUUGAGUAUGCAAGAGUGUUUCUGUGUGGAACACUCGUGGAUUUGGUAGCGCAGCUUUCUUUUUCUUUUCUUUUUCACUUUCCCCCAAUAUGCAAUCUGUGAGAAGCUGUCUUGAUAGAAAAAUAAGCCAACUGCCAUUUCUCACAAACUGGCCUCAGUUCAUCUCUUUUGUUAUCAUUGUGUUUGAGUUAUAAAACUAAGCAUCUCUUUUUGAUUGAGAAUUUCCUGUGUUAGUCUUGUUGAACAGAGCUGGUGGUAGAAACUCCUAAUUAGAAGUAAUAUCAAAUGGCAACACAUGGUUUAAUGCAACUGGAUUUUUGUCAUUCAAAGAGGUAGCUACAGCUAAAGACAACUGAUAGGUUAAAACAAAAAACAACGCAUGCUUCCAAAUAUCCUUUAUAGGUUUUUGUUAAUAAAAAAGACAAAGGACAAGAUGAUGUAACAAUAGCUAGCUAAGAUGAGAAGCAGACUAGCAAAAUAUAUGUUAAAUAAUUCUGUCCAAAAAAAAAAGGUUAAGAUUGGUAAAGUAAGGUAUACUAACUCAAUAGAAAUGUAUAUUUUUCUACUAUAUAGUUCUAGUCAAAUGGAUGAGGAAAUAGAAAAGACUGUUACGCUAUUAUCAUGCUAAUAAAUUCAAGUUUAACAUCUAGCUAACCGUAUUUUUUUUUUUUUUUUUAAAUAUAAAUGCCUUCACCUGCAUUUUAAAUGCAAUCAGUUUGCAUUAAGGCAUACUGUCGUUCUUUCAGGACCACCCAGAAGUCUCCCAGGCUACACACUUUUUGUCCCACAAAAACAUCCUCGUUUCCUUGCGAGUAGUGGAAGAUGCCCUCUACCCUGGUGUAAAGUUAGUUUGGGACAUUAUGUCCACUGUAAAUGUGUAUGUACAUAGAACACCUAACCUGCUGUUACUGGCAGGUUUUGCUCAACAGUUAAGGCUGAUUCCUAAACACAGAUCCAAGCACCAAGAUAGGUGUCAGGUGCAAAUUCUUUUAGUUUAGGAAUGAGCCUUAAUUCCACCUGUCAUAGUGCUGUACAGUUAAACUUCUCAUCCACACUGAUCACAGAUCCACCGUGCUGCCAUAUAGCAGCAGUAACUACAAGUUUAAAAGUCUAGGCAUGGGAGUUCUGUCAAAAAAUAAAUAAAAACUGUAAAUGCUGCUAAAUCACAAACUAUUGACUUCCAUACCAACUACCGAACUGUCGGGAGAAGAGGAAUCUCACUCAACACAGUUACACGUUUUCGUCCUUAAGUUCACCACGGACUCGGCAUGCUUCUCCAUGACUUAGUAUGUCUUUCUGGCUUGCACUGAUGAUAGAAUAUUACCAUGCAUGAAACUCGGAUGCAUCUCCAUAAUCCAAAAUGUCUCAUCUGUCUUCCUUUGUCAGUUAUAGUAAUAUUCUGGAGUUUUACAUAAUUGUGUGGCAGAAGGUCAAUGGGAGGCCACAAUUUUGAGACUAUUGAGAUGCACCCGUUGUCAUUUCUUUUCAGAAAGUCACAUUUACCAGGCGGGGCCUCUUAUCCACAGAAUGGCGAGACAAAUAUCACAUUACUUGGCGAUAGCUAUUAACCAAACUGUAUGGAUGAUGGUCCUUUAAGUGUGGGACACUGCAGGGACUUUUACAUGCGUCUCCCAGAAACUACCACCAUUGUUGGAGUGGGUUGGGGGACGUUUCAGUGUGGCUUGUUUAAAUGUUGAAUACUUUUGGCCUGUUUGGGAGGGCAACACAUUACAACCGCAUAGGUGGCGACGUUGUAGAACCCACACGAUUCUUUUGGUAAGCGACUUUCCAUUUCUGUCUAACACGAAAUGGUGCAGACCCCAGAGAAAGCCCACAGAUGGAGCCGUUUAACUUCAAACUGGCUCUAGAGCUGUUGUAGUCUGUCAUGUGUUUCCAGGAAGCUAACUUGACGCUGGUGAAUCUCCAGGGUACAUGUUGUAUAAAUUGCAAAAUUACUAGAAUGUUCAUAUUAGAUUAUAAGAUAUUAUUAAGGGCAAUGAAUAUUAUAUUGUAUCUUCAUUGAUCGUUACAAAUAAAGAAAAGAUUGGAAACCUG